GGCCAGUCGUUUGACGCCUGCCGCGCGAGCGGGUGUCGCCACGAGAGCGAGUGACGAGCGAGCCGCCGGCCGGUUAUGGACGUUGCAUGAGCGGCCGCGACCGCUGGAGCCGACGGGACCGCUGGAGCGCGCGCCGUGGGUCCCGGGCGGCGCGGGCAUGCGCUUCGAGGGCACUGAGCGGCGCGACGCCGUCGCGUUCCACCCAUUGCUGGUGCCGCGACCGAGCGACUUCUCGGUAUCGGCGCUGCUGACGGCGGGCGCGCUUCCGCCGCCGCCGUAUCUGCCGGCAGCCCUGGCCGCCGCCGCCGCGCUGUCCGCGCCCUGCCCGCUGCUGAAACCGCCGCCUCCGCCUUACGCACCUCUGCCGCCAGACGACGACGGCGUCGUCGACGACCCGAAGGUGACGCUCGAGGGCAAGGACCUCUGGGAGAAGUUCCACAAGCUGGGCACCGAGAUGGUGAUCACCAAGAGUGGCAGACGUAUGUUUCCUGCCUACAAAGUUCGCGUUUCUGGUCUUGAUAAAAAAGCAAAGUACAUUUUGCUAAUGGACAUCGUAGCUGCCGACGAUUGCAGAUACAAAUUCCACAACAGCCGAUGGAUGGUCGCCGGCAAGGCGGACCCCGAGAUGCCGAAGAGGAUGUACAUCCACCCGGACUCGCCGUCAACGGGCGAGCAAUGGAUGCAGAAGGUGGUCUCCUUUCACAAGCUGAAGUUGACCAACAACAUUAGUGACAAACACGGAUUCGAGCUCAUCUAUAACCAAAGUCAACGGAUGUUGUCCAAACUGCUGUGGCCCAACCCGGCCCCUAGUGCGCCCAGAGAUCCCCACUCAGAUCAUUUGUGUGUUACGCAGACGAUCCUGAACUCGAUGCACAAGUACCAGCCGCGGUUCCACCUGGUGCGGGCCAACGACAUCCUCAAGCUGCCCUACUCCACGUUCAGGACGUACGUGUUCAAGGAGACAGAGUUCAUCGCGGUCACGGCCUACCAGAAUGAGAAGAUAACGCAGCUGAAGAUCGACAACAAUCCUUUCGCGAAAGGAUUCAGAGACACCGGCGCGGGAAAGAGAGAGAAAAAUCUGUCCGUGUACCGCAGGCAGGCGCUGCUGACGGCGCGCUCCGAGCCUAGAGACGAGGACGAUGAGCGGCCUCUGGACGUCGGCGGCCCCUCGAGUCCGCCGGCCCCGUCCAGCACACACCACACCAGCACAUCCUGGUUUAGUUCUACUGCGGGCGACUCCGGCGCGGAAGAGGUCAACGAGGCCGGCUCGGACUCGUCCUGCUCUGGCGGCGCUCGCGCCUCCUCCCCUCCCGCGGGCCCCUCCCGGCCCUCGCCCGCUCCCGACGUGUCCCUCGGCCCCCCUGUGCAACCCCCGUUACUCCCCUACCUGUACCCGCCGUCGCUGUACCCGCCGCCGUUCUUCCCAACGCAUCAGAUGCCACCGGGUCUGCUGUUUAACCUGCAUCCACUGUUGCAGCAGUACUCGCUGCCACCUCCGCCUGCAUUACCUGCGCCUCCUAUAGGGAAAACGCACAGGUUCGCACCUUACGCUCUACCCGGUUUGGGCUCCGCGUUCGAGCAAGUCGCCCCCCGAGCCCGGAGUCUGAGCUCGUCGCCCGCGAGGCCGCGAGUUGGGUCUCCCCCCGCGCGAGCCGCCUCCGCCGACCCCCCUCCGGACGCCCCCACGGCCACUGCCACGGGCACCCCGCCGUCGGACCUGAAGAGCAUCGAACGGAUGGUCAACGGCUUGGACGUGGAGACGCAGGACUGACUCGGAAGAGCGUUGUAAAUACCGUGUAUUUAUAUCGAUGUAGCUACGCCUGGUGCAGUAUUCGCGUCUUCUACGAUUAAAUUUCGGGCUUUCGCUCGCCUACCUAAUUAACAUUAUUUUCUGAAAGCUUUACGAAACAUAUGUUCAUUAUGUACAAACAUGCAAAUAUAUUAAAUCAAGGAAAAAUAAUACACUAGUGCCACUCUAAAUGGCAUUGGUGUAAACAGUUUUUUAAUACUUUUGUUGAAACUUUUUAUUAGAACAUCUGAGUAAUAAAACCAAUUCUGCCAAAUCGUUUUUCAAAUUUUUGUAAUGUAAUAAAUGAUAUUAGGUAAGUGAAGAUGCCAAUAGAUGCAGCCAGGCGCGGCGUUUUUGUAUCGUUCCUAUUUUUUUCUGUCGAGUUCUAUUCGGGUCGAUAUUCGUAUACUGAAUGUAAAUAGUUAAGUUAGGUCGUUAGGUUGUUAGGCACCUGUAAGGCAGUUGUUCAACGUGAACUGUGACGUCAGAAAAGUGUUUACGGUUCACAUUGCGCUUUUUAGACUCCUAUAACAAAUUGUAACUUUAAUAAAAUAUACCGUCUCAAAACUGACUUCAACCCUAUAGGUAAAAAAUAAAUAACCCUUUAAAAAAAAAGAAAUUUCUAACGAAAUUUAUAUAAACCGAAUUCCGGAAAAUACCAGAACGGACUUAAUAAUUUUGUAGUAAUUACGUAAGUAAAUAAUUUGAGUUGUUAGACAAUUUGUGGGUUGCCUUAAGCAUCAGAGUUAUAUCGAAAUAUAAUUUGUUAACGCUAUGAUAUAACCGAUUUAUCAACCAACAUGCAAAAUAGUUCUACUUUGCUGUCUAAUAGGACUCUACGAAGCGCAUGACAUUAUUUAUGUUUCAUUAACUUAGGGUCAACAAUUUUGAUGGAAAAAAUAUGACUUUAUGAGUGUAUUAAGUGUUUCUUAUUCAUCUGUCGGCAUUAAAAAAAAACUUUUUCAAUUAUAAUGCAAAAAAAAUUAUACUUGUUAUUUUUUCCAAUUUUUUUUCAUAUCUGUUAUUACCUAUAUGUUACUAUAAUUAGCACAUUAAAUUAAUUAUGCUACAAAUCCUUGCAAAUUCAUAUUUUUUCCGCAAAAAUUCCGACUUAUCUCAUAACAUUAACAUCGAACACUACACGUAGGUUAUGCGACACACAAUAGUAAUCACUAAUAGUUUUCCACCGGAGUAGCAAUAGGCUUAAUAUAGAAACCAUUCGAAGUGAUGGAUCUGCAGUUGUGACACUAUCACUGUUUUAAAUGUUACUGUUUUUAUUUAGAUACUUUUGUGAAAAAUAUAAUAGGUAAAUAGUUCAAGGCCGCGCAAGAGAAUUAUGCGGUAUUUUUUACAUUAGCGUAUGAAUUAUGAUUUUUGGGGUUCUAUUUUAUUAUAACUCCAAAAGUAAUAAGUAUAGUUUUUUAUAGUACUGUUACUUCCAAUAUUGGUUGACGAGACUGUAGAUAUUACUUUUUUUAUUACAUGUCAAUCAUUCCUUGUCUUUUUUGAACGAAAAACUUUUAAUUUGUUUACUAUAAAAUAUUACUAGUGCUAUUAACAUUAAUGAUACCUAUGUGCAAUUCAACAGCAUUGUGUUCUGUGCUACAACUGCAUUUAAUCAAUUCGCUCAUCAAUUCAUUUAAACUCACCCUAUAGAAUAACAUUAAAUACAUUGCUUUAUUUUGUAAAUACAAUUUGUAAGGUAUAUAUGCGUGUUUACUAAUAGACAUAUUUUGAAAAUAUGUUUGUCAAUUGUGCUGUGAGAUUAGCGCGUGUUUAAUUGUUGCUAAUAAUUUGAAAAGGCAAUUCAAAUGUCAUUGAUAGUUAUUUUUGAUAAUAAAAUGUAACAGUGUUGUUGCAAAUACAAUUUGAUAAUGAUAAUUAUCAAACAUGUUUCUUACAAGAUUUGCAUUGAAAUAUUUAUUUCGGCUUCUAAAUAUAUUUUGAUAACUUAUUUGUUUAGAAAGUAUAAUUUUUUUCUCUUGCCCCAACAAUUGAACGCGCGCGAAAAACGAUUGAUAAAAUCUAACGUUAAGUUAAAAAAAGUUUGUAAUAUAUAGUUGAUAACUAUUGUAGUUAAAAAUACAAAAUAUAUUAUCUAUAAAAUGAAAAUAAUUUUCCAUGGAAUUCAUUAAAUUUAAGCAUUAAGAGUUUAUUUCGACAUAUUUUUUUUUUGUAAUAAGUACUUAGUGUUUUACGAAAUAAAUGACUGGCGUAAAGUCGUCCCAUUGUGCGUGUUACAUCACGAAUUUAUAAGCCAAUCAGAGCACAGCAGAAUGAUUGUUGACCAAUCAAAAAAGCCUAUGCACAGCUUAUUUCUCUUCACUCAUUUAUUUUAUAAAACACUACAUCUGUAAAUUAUAACCAGAGAUUUGACAUGCAAUACAAUUCAUUAUUUUGCCAUUUUUACAAGCUUGCAGCGAGGUCUGCGAGCAGUUUGUAAGUACAGCUGUAAUUGAGAAAUUAUUCAUUAAAAUAUAAUAGAUAAAUCUAUUGACAAAAUA